GUCCAAACCAAACCGAAGAAGGAAGUAAAGUCAGAAAAUAAAACGACACCGCUGUUGUUGUUCUCCAUUUUCCAUUUCUUCACUCGUUCACUUUCCUUCGUCUUCGUUUUUUCCUUCACUGAUACAAGUUCCUUCUCCUUCGCGCUAGUUUCAAUUCAAUUCGUUUCUCAGGACCGAAGUUUCCCUCCGACAAUCAGAAAAUGGAUUGGGGAAACGUGACCGCGGAGGAUCUGAUCGACGCGCUCCGCGAGGUGGAUUGGUCGUCGCCGCCGCGCCCUCUGUCGGAAUUCUUCUCGCGAUUCACCGUUCCCAGAUCCUCCUCCAAAUGGAGCAGCCGCCUCAAAUGCAAUCUCUACUACUACCGGACCAACUACUUCAUUUUGAUUGUUUCUGUUCUCAUAUUGGGUUUUCUUCGGAGGCCGCUUGCUAUUGUAGCUGCACUUCUUACGGCACUCAGCAUUGCUUUUCUGAAUGACAGCUUUGCAGGUACCUUUAGUGAAAAGGUAACAAGAACAGUUCGGCAAUUUUCACCCCAUUUAGCUGCCAAAAUGAGGCCUCCUCUCACGCCUGUUAUUCGUGGACGUCCAUCAGCCAAGAGAGCAAUUUAUAUAUGUGGUCGGCCACGUUGGGUGUUUGUCUUGAUAUUUUCUUCUGCAAGUUUCAUGCUUUGGUUUGUUUCUGCUGGUCUCAUGACUGUUUUAUGGGCACUAGCUAUUGGUCUUCUAGCAACCAUCCUGCAUGCAAGCUUUAGAACACCGAACUUGAAAGCUCGUCUAAACACAUUCCGUGAAGAGUUUCGUGCAGUAUGGCGCAAUUAUAGUGAGCUGUAGCUUACAUAAAAUUUGCUGGACUUGGAUGUAAUGUGUUGCUGCUUUAUUGUUGAAGUAUUUUCCUUUAACUGGAAUAGAAACAUUCUAUGGGAAGCUGUCAGGCAUUGGAGACUACCAACAGAUUGUAAAUUUUCAGGAAUCUUGUUUUUGUAAAGUACGCUGUUUUUGUUGUUUAUUAUGUCUAGCGGAAGCAUCGGAAUAUUAUUGAUAAACGCUGUAACCUAGACAUUGUCAUCAUUCUAGUUGUCAAAAUUCUUAAUUGCUCUAGACAUUGGUGACUUGAGAUACUAAAGUUUCUUUUAUGUUUUGACACAUUAGGCUGUGUUCUGGUAAAGCUUGCAAAAAUGGUUGCUUGCAUUGUAUGAUGCAUGCUUCUGAAGCUGUUUGUUUUAGUACACAGAGGGUGGUAGAAUUUCAGUUCUCCCCUCACAUGUUUGGAUGUGAUAGUAAAAUGAAUGAAAUUGAUUUUCCAAAA